AUGUCCUGUUUAGAAUAUUCUGCAACUUUCUUCAUCCUUGUCGCAUUCUUUGAUACUCUUCAGGCGGACGACACACCGCGGAGGCGGCUGGCGAAGUACCAAACGGACAUGGCGGAAGCAGAGGCGGUGCUCAUGCAGCCCGUGCCGCAGCCUGCGCGCAGUGAAGUGUUUUCUGGCGGACCCGCGCCUGUCGAAAGACUGUACGAGGCGGGUCUUGGAUCCUGUGGCAUUCCCGACAUCGACGACCCCGAGGAGUGCGUAGCGGACCUCGCGGCGUUCCCCGCGCUGAACCGCAACAGCGCCAAGGUGCGCCAGCUUGCGUGCCUGGCGCACAAUUACUUGCGCCCGUGGAUGGGCAUUCCGGGAAUCGCAGAAGGCAUGGGCGCGCGCGGAAUGAUCAGCCCGAAGCUUCUAGGGCAGAUGGCGACAAUGUCGAGUGUUCUGUCCUGCUCUGGGCACGUGCGAAUCGUCAAAGGAGAGAUAUUUUUCCGCUUCGGUGGAUUCGAAUUUGAUUGGUACAGGAUGCGCCGCUUCGUCUUCUCCAUCCGAAUGAUCGAGGAGGCUAUUAUCGAGUACAACCUGUACAACCUGAACGCCGAGUUCUUUAUCAGCACCUGCGAUCUCCCCACCAGCCGAGUCAGCUCCGUAGCGAAGCACCGCGCGGGCCUUCCGAUAUUCUCCCCCCACGGCGCUCCCGGCAGCGUAGACAUUCUUUACCCCGAUCCCGUGGAUCUGAGCAAGAGUUAUUUCAGGGACAUCGAGGAUACGGUGCCGUGGGAGCAGAAGCAGGGCCGCGCCGUGUUCCGCGGCGGCAUGACCAACUUCUUCGUGCAGUACGACACGCAGUGGCGCUCCAGCCCGCGCUUCCGCGUCCACCGCAUGUCGGAGGUUCGGCCGGACCUGGUGGACGCCAAGGUCGUCGGCAACGUCGACCCCAAGUUCCUCGACCGGAUGCGCGACGACAAGGUGGAGCUGGGCGAGCGCAUGGGCCCGGCGCAGAUUCAGGAGUUCAAGUACGAGCUGGACGUGGACGGCGGGACCGGCAGCGGGCGCGUGUGCUGA